AUGCAACUUGGAGGUCCGCAGCUACAGAAGACAUCUGACACACUCAGAGGAGCCAACGGUUUGCCACUACGAAUCUACGGAAAGUUUGAUGCCGCUUUUGUGGUCGUUGACAACCGAGGAAAAGCUCAUCCCGGACAAGGUGUAUGUUAUGUCUCUGAUGACAACGAUCUGCUCGGAAUCACCCGGAUUGAGCAAAUUCCGGAUUUUAACUUGGUCCUGAGGAGAUUCGACAUCCGGGAGGUCCAGACGCUUAACCAAGACGCGCUCCGAGACCAGACGAUCACAAAGCUGAGACGUGAUUUCGCGAGUGUCUUCGAACAUGAAGCUCUACUGAAGAAAAUAGUUUCGUUUGAGUGGAACUCUUGAGACUGCCUUCGGACGCGCCAAAGAAGUUCUCACAUUAGACCUGCUACUGACCCAUCAUGAUCCGAAGCUACCCAUCAUCGUCGCAGCCGAUGCAUCAGACUACGGAAUUGGAGCUGUCAUUUCUCACCGCUAUCCCGAUGGAAUAGAGAAAACUGUUUAUCAUGCUAGUCGUUCGCUCACCGAUGCAGAAAAGAACUACGGACAAAUAGAAAAGGAUGGUCUUGCACUCCUUUAUGCGGUUCGAAAAUUUCAUCGAUACAUCUACGGACACCACUUCAUCCUCCUCACAGACCACAAACCACUCUUAGCCAAAUUCGGAUCGAAGAAAGGAGUAUCUGCCUACUCCGCAAACCGUCUACAGCGCUGGAGACUCGCACUACUUGCUUAUCAUUCCGACAUAGAAAACCGUUAACCGCAUACGAACCCUUCGGACAAGCAGACGCACUCUCCCGUCUCAUCGCCACUCAUUCACCACCGGAAGAAGAUGUCAUAAUAGCGAAAAUCGCUCGCGACAUAAACGCCAUCUUUCACGAAAACGUCAAACGCUCACCGGUCACAGCCAAAGAUGUUGCCCGCGCUACAGCUGAAGACGACACUCUACGACAAGUACUCGACCACAUCGCCCACAACAAUUGGCCAAAGAAACCAUCAUCGGCAAUCGCUAGUUACGCUCACUUGCGAAACGAUUUGUCGACUCAGCAAGGAUGUCUACUCUUCGGAAGCCGUAUCAUCAUUCCCAGGUCCCUUCAGCCACAGAGCCUGAAAAUACUUCAUGAAGGACAUCCAGGAAUUAACAGAAUGGAAUCCCUAGCCCGCAGCUACGUAUUCUGUACGAGGAUCAACGAAGACUUGGAAAAUUGGUUCGCACCUGUACCGAUUGUCAAGAAGCCGCCAAGUCACCAGUCAAAAACACGCUCUGCUCGUGGCCCCGCCCAAACUCACCAUGGACUCGAUCCACAUAGACGUUGCCGGUCCGCAUGGAGUCGUAAUCGUCGACGCCUUCUCUAA